AAAAAGGCCUUGCGAGAAAAAUGGCUCUUGGAUGGCCUUAGUUCUCUCACUCCAAAAGAGCAAGAAGAAAUGCAAAAGCAGAAUCGGGAGGACCAACAACGGACUCAUGAGCUGGAACAAGACAUUUUCAGACUGGAGAAGGAAAUUGAGGCUCUGGAAAGAGAGGAAAUGGAAGUCUCAGCUAAGGAAGCAGCAAUUUUAAAGAAACUUAAGACUGUUGAGAAAACAACAGAAGACAUAAUAAAGUCUGUGAAGACUGAAAAAGCAGGAGUUGAAAGAGAGGCAGCAGACUACAUAUAUGCCAGCAUACCUGACCUUCCCAAGUAUUUCAGGCCUUCAGCACUGAAAAGUACAGCACAUGCUGCCACCGAUGAUGAAGAAAAGAGAAAAGCAUUGUUUGCCAUGGAAAUUAAAGUUGAAAAAGACAUGAAGACAGGAGAAAACACAGUGUUAUCAACAAUACCUCUUCCCUCAAAGGAGUUUAAGGAGACAGGAAUUAAAGUCUAUGAUGAUGGCAGGAAGUCAGUCUAUGCAGUAUCCUCAAAUGGCAGCACAACACAAAAUGGGAUGGGUGAACUUGCUCCUAUUGAGGUGGAGGACCUGCUACGGCAAGCAACUGAAAAAAAUUCCCAGUCUCCCACAGAGUAUCAUGAGCCUGUGUUUGCAAACAAAUUUUGCAGGCCCGUUACUCCUCAGAAAGAUAAAUUAGUCCCUGGACCAAAACCAGAAGACACUCACAGAAGAGAGAUGAAUGGACUUAGCAAUCAUCACACAGAAUUCUCCUCCAAAACAGAGCCCUUUACGCAGCAACGUAAAGAGAAUGGGCUUGAUCUUCCAAAGGCAAUACAGCCAAAGUCUCCCUCUCCAGUACUUUCCCAUUCAGAGAAGAAAGUGCAUACUAAUCCUGAGAACAGAGUGAUACAUAAUGAAGAAAGAAAAGCUGCACAUGAGGAAUUAAAACCUUACCAGAAUACAAGAGAAAGACAUAACGAGACAAGGUUUUUAAGUGCCUGCCAUCUUAAUGAAACAUCCCCUGCACCUCAAGAUGAGGAAGAUGUUCAAUACAGCAUUGUCCAAGCUGUACCAUGUUACGUGGAUGAUUCGGAACCAGUAACAAUGAUUUUCAUGGGUUAUCAGCGCAUUGAUGAUGACUAUGCAGAAGCAGACCAGAAGUUGUCACGAUACGAUGGGGUUAUCCACGCAGAAUUAGUUAUCAUUGAUGACGAUGAUGAAGAUGACAGCAAAUCUGAGAAAACAGCAUAUCAUCCCAUAGGCCACUACAGUCAGGUUUAUCAGCCACCAAACAGGAAAAUCACAGAAGUCCCACAGAUGAACCCUGUGAGCAGUCUGGGUGCAAGCCUGAACAAGGUACCCCACAAAAAUUCCAUCUCCCUGCGAGAACAAGAGGAACGCUUAAGCUCACCGACACACCGUGCUUACCUUCAUGACCAGGUAUCUGGAGACGGUACUGAAGAUCCCUCACUAACAGCUCUGAGGAUGAGAAUGGCAAAGCUGGGGAAAAAGGUGAUUUAACAGCUGUAAUGACACGGAAGUAAAAUUUGCUACUCAAAGCAGAAUAAAGCUAAGAAGAGUUUCUUCAACACACCUUUUCUGGAUCAUAAUGCUU